AUGCGGAAGGAUCCUUCCGAAGGGGAGCCACCGGAUGGGCGCAGCCUCACCGACUCCAGAGAGGGAUCGUCAACAGGGCAAACAACUGACCAACUGCCUGUCGGAUCUGCUAACGAAGGGUCUGACCCCCAACUCGACGUGCUCAUCGAAAGAGGGUGCCUCCUCCCAGGCGAAUCACAGGAAAAGAUUAGUUGUCUAGGCAAUGUGGGUGGCCAAAUCUGCCUUGGCGACUGCUUAAAGGAAGGAUGUUUCUCUGGUAAUGUUAUUAAUGAGAACCUAUCGCCUGCAGUAGUGUGCGCAGAAGAGAAGGACUUGCGAGCCUUUAUGCGGUUCGCUACUUUCGGGGAUGACGUCGGUCGUUCAGAAGAAGGGGGAGCAGAGGUAGGGCAAGGAAUGGGGAAAAUGGAAGAAGUAGGCGUAGUAAUGGUGGCCGAAGAAAAGAUGGGAGAAGACACUGUCGCACCGCCACGAGAUGAUGACGAUGCUGAUGCCGAGAUCGGUGUCGAACGCACUCUCCCCAUAGAAGACCAGAGUACCAAAUCGUACGACGGAUGCAGCGAGUUCUCACUUGAUGACGUAAGCGAGGGCGUGUUGGACUACAUUAAAAAAACGUAUGACAGAAGGAGUAGGUUGAAGCUUAGAGGGAGAAGGAAGGGCAGCAAGGGCGCAGAAGAAAAAGGCGCAGAAAAAAAAGGCGCAGAAGAAAAAGGCGCAGAAGAAAAAGGCGCAGAAGAAAAAGGCGCAGAGGAAAAGGGCGCAGAAGAAAAAGGCGCAGAGGAAAAGGGCGCAGAAGAAAAGGGCGCAGAAGAAAAGGGCGCAGAAGAAAAGGGCGCAGAAGAAAAGGGCGCAGAAGAAAAGGGCGCGAUAGAUAAGUACAACGUGGGGGAGGGUGGCUCUAACGAAGAGGUCGCCAACCAUGAUGUUGCUAACGAAGGUGAUAAAAAACAAGACCCCCCUGACGGGGAAGAUGCCAACCAGGAGGCUACAAACCAAGGGGUCACCGAUCCGAACCCCCUUUUUCCCGAAGAAAACUACACGCACAUGGUGUCCGACAAAAACGAAUUAGAUGUAAUUAUCCGCAGUUCCAUCAAAACAUACAACUGCGCCCUCAUGAAGAAAAUCCUCCUGCAGGGAAAAAUACUUAUGACCCACGACUGUGUGUACUUCAUGUCCUUGUUCGACUCACUCUUCUCAAAUGUCUCCAUCGUUCGCAUUCCUUACGAAUCCAUAGAAACCGUAAAGAAGAUGAGUGUCUUUAACUUAAUCCCCAAUGGACUGAAAAUUGUGGUGAAGAACAGGUCCUUCGUUUUCACGUCCUUCGUACACAGGGAUCAUGCGUACGACUUUAUCGUGGACAUGGUGCGCGAUAACAGGUUGGCCAGUGAGAUUCCCAAGAAGGGCGUCGUUCUGUACGAUGCGGGAGAGGAAAGUGACGAUGAAGAUGAUGAGGAUGACGACGAGAACGACGACGAGAAUGACGACGAGAAUGACGGUGAUGAUGGUAAGGUUUAUGAUGGUGACGACGCGACGGAAGAGCCAAGCUCAGGGGAAGGACCCAUCGGGAAAGUAGAACAAAAUCAAAAGAAAAAGAAGAAACGCCCUCAUCUCCCAAGCGAAGCGAAGAUUUCGAAGAAGCAACAUGACGAGUCCUUCCUUUACACUAUCACCCCCACUCAGUACGACCUACUAAUGAACGACCAUCCCGAACUAGCGAAAGGGCGAACAGACGAAGAGAAAGAAAAACAUAUAGUCAUACAAACGAGAAGCGAGAUUGUACAACCGAAUAUUGCACACAAGGAGGAUGAACUGUUGAAGGAAAACAACUUUAUCAAAUGCAACUAUCACACUGAUAGUCUAUACAUAAAUGAAGAUUUUAAAAAAAUAUUCUUCGACAUCUUUUCCCAAUUCGAUGAUAAGAACCCGUUUGUGAAAAGUGUUCGGGACAAAAACCCGAGCAAUUUAAGUUAUGAGCACUUGAGCAAUUUAAAUGGAGAGUUACAGAGCAAAGGAUACCUUUCGUACGAAUCCGUUUACAAUAUAUCCCUGUUUGAUGAUGAAAAGAGAGUGUUUGGAAUACCUGCACGGUCCGACGUGAACGAACAUUUAUCUUUUUUUUUCCUCCAGAAUGUCAUUGUCAUACAAAAGUGCGUUGUUCUUCUGUGCAAUGUGCCGCUAGCAGGGUGCUUCCGCACAAUCAUUCAGCUCAUUCUCCACAAUGUGACCCUGGAGGAGGAAACUGACAACACUGGGAUAACCUCCUAUACACACAUCGACUUUGCGUACGACAUUGAAUUUGUAAAACACACUUUUUUUAAGUACCAAAUAAAAAACAACGCCAUACCUGAGCUGGAAAUCUCCGUCAACAAUCUGAAGAGGUACACACAGGAAGCGAUUGAACAUAGGUAUAAGCAGGGCGGUGCAACAAGUGGAGGUAAUCACACGAACACUGACCAUUACACCUUUGUAAAGGACUACGUUGAUAUAAUGACCAUCGGUGAAGAGAAAACAUUCCAAAAGGCUAACAGUACGGGGCCCGAGGAAACGGCUCUUCAGUAUAAUGAUCGCGCUUCUUCGGAAGAGGCAUUGCACACUGCGGCAUGGUCCAAUGUGAAGAGGUACUUCAAGGAAGAGUUUAAUCCUCUAUCGCACAGUGUGCGCCACAGACUGGUCGUUCGGAGCUUCCUGGUGUUCAUUCUUGCAAUAGUGAUGUACAAAAUAAUUGAACUAAUUACCCAGACGGAAAAAAUGACUCAUUCUAAAUUGGGAUAG